AUGGUGUCGGCGAGGGAGGCGCUCUCACGUAAAUCUUCCGUGUCGGAUUCGAGCUUCGAACCCGAGUACACGCGGAAAAGAGCCAAUUGCGGGGCCGAUAAUGUCAGUGGAAGUGAUGGUCAGGCGUGCCGUCGCAGUACCCGAACGACGAGGCGACCUUCCUACUUCAACGUUGUCCAUGAGGCUCGCGCCGACCGCGACACGAUGGCUGCCAUAAAGCGGAGCCGAUUGGAGACCCAGGAGUUGCACAUGGACUACGCGUCGUUUGUCAACGUGCCGACGAUCUAUGCCAAUGCUGAGGAGUUCCGCGACCCCGUGAAGCUUUGGCACAAGUACUCCCGCUUGGGGGAGCGGUAUGGCGCGAUAAAGGUGGUGCCUGUCGACGGGUGGCGCGGCACGUGUCCUCUGGACACGGACAGGGUGAAGUUCAAGGUUCGUGAGCAGCGCAUUGAGAAUCUCUGCAAUGGGAAGGGGUUCUCCCACCCCAGCUAUAGCUGGGACUGCGAGCGCAUGAAAGCUGAGGACACGAGCUUGAAGAAUGAGCUGUUCGGCUGCGAGGACCCGAGUGUGGAACAGGUCGAGCACAUGUACUGGGCCUUGGUGAAGAAAGGGAGCGGCUCACUGGUGGUUAAAUACGCCACCGAUUUGAACGUGUACUCGCGAGAGUUCAAGGAUGCGAUGGUCGAUGUUAGAGGUACGGCCGCCGAGACCGACGUGUGGAACAUGCGCAACUUGCCCAAGUGCCCCGGCUCUCUGCUGCGUUACUUCGACCGAGUGAUCCCCGGCGUGAACAGCCCGUGGUUCUACAUUGGAAUGUGCCUGACGUCGUUUUGCUGGCACACGGAGGACAACUACUUCGGCGCGGUGAACUACCACCACUUUGGCGCACCCAAGGCUACUCGCUUGGAGACGCUGCUGAAGGACUAUUCGGCCCACGAGAGCGAGGAGUUCGCGCUGUACAGCCUUCGUAUCCAGGUUCCGCCGGAUGUGCUGAUCGCAAACCGCAUCCCGGUGUACCGCGUCGUGCAGCGGGAGAACGAGUUCGUGUUUGCGUGGCCGCGCGCGUAUCACAGCGGUCUGAAUACGGGCUACAACGGCAACGAGGCGUGCAACAUCGCUCCUGUGAGCUGGCUGACGAUGGGCUACGAGUCGUUGGUGAACUACAAGUUUAUCAGGAAGACGUGCGUAUCGUUUUACUCGUUAGUGAUGAGCGGCGUCUGCAACUACCGCGACUUCGGCACUGCGGACCUAGCGCGAAUGAUACACUCCCUUUCGCUCUUGGUAUCCCAGGAAUUCACGCUGCGAAGCAGCAUCCUGUACCCCAUGUUGCAGAUGUAUUUGCAUUUGGAUUGUCCUGACGUCUUCGACGUGCAGAAGUUUAUGGACGAGGCCUGCCUGCAGGAGUUUGAUGCCGAGUCUUAUGUCGAAGCGCUCAAAAUGCUGUGGAGUGAUGACGACGACAGCUUCCUUCGCGGGUGCAUGUUGCUGUCCUACGUGUCGAUGAGGGACUGCGACCUGUGCGACACGCCGACGUUUGGAAGCUGUCUGAUGUGCUUGCAUUGCAACUGCACUGUGUGCAUUAGCUGCCAGGCGUACCACCCGUGCAACUGCGAUACGCGAGUCGUGCUCUACCGUUACCCCCUUCAGGCCUUCAACCGCAUCAUAUCCAUUCUAAGCGCCCGCAUGCACAGUCUGAACGAUGACGACUGGCAGCAGAUGCCCGUGGUGGCAGUGCCCGCUGCGUCCGCCUUGUCUAGCAUCGACGCGAGUUCUGUCUUCAGCGUCGAUACGUUGCAAAAGUUGCUUAACUCUGCCGAUGAUGUGUUCCCAUUCAAGAGCCUUCCGAAAAGCGAGGGCGAUGUUGAGCCGUCGGCUUCUGUUUUUUCGUCGUCGUCCGACCUGGAAUCUGUGUCCACGACUGACGAGUGCUUCUCCUGCGAGCCUUCCAAAGUGUUUUCGCUUCCGUACACAAUGGCGUGGCAAUCGUGCUGGUUCGAUGACCUGCGCGCCGCGUCCGAACGCAUGCGUCCGGCGGAUGAGGUGAAGGUUUCGGAAGGCGAGUCGCGCUACGGGGAGAUUGCGCUUUCCCAGCCGUUCGGCGUGUUCCGCGAUGUGUUUGCGAGUGCCAAAGAUGCGCGCGCUCUUGCCCUUGUGACAAAGCUCACUGUCCGCUACAUGAUGCUCUCAUUCGAGGGCGACUGUAGCUACGCGUCUUGCAACGCCAAGGCGUGA